GGUAGGAGAGCCUUCACCGGAAGUGUCGUACUAUGGAGGUCUUCCAUGCCUCAGCUCGUUAAGCGAGAGUUCUGUCGCACUCUGGACAUGACUGAAAUGAAGUCAAUUUUUUUAACCCUAAUAUUAUUUAACUUUUUCUCCACCAAACUUCUUCAAGCCCUGUCACAAAGCCAAGCUCCGACAGGAAAAAAUGGAUACCCGGUACAACUCAAUUUCAAAGAGAAGUAUUUCACGCAGAGUCUUGACCACUUCAACUUCAACGCCAUGGGGAAUGGGACAUUUCUUCAACGAUACCUAAUCACUGAUUCAUACUGGAAGACUGGAUAUGGUCCCAUUUUUUUCUACACUGGCAAUGAAGGAGACGUCUGGGAAUUUGCCCUCAAUACAGGCUUUCUAAUUGAAUUGGCUGAUCAACAGGAAGCCUUGGUCAUAUUUGCCGAACAUAGGUACUAUGGCAAGUCUCUCCCUUUCGGCAAUGAUUCCUUCAACCUUGAAAAGAUUGGUCUGUUGACAGUGGAACAGGCAAUUGCUGAUUACGCCAUCAUGAUCAGUGUGUUGAAACAUCAGCUGGGAGCCACAGAUUGCCCUGUCAUUGUGUUUGGUGGAAGUUAUGGCGGAAUGCUGUCCGUCUAUAUGAGAAUAAAGUACCCAAACAUUGUGGCGGGAGCUCUCGCUGCCAGUGCUCCCAUACUGUCAGUUGCUGGGCUGAGUGAUCCUGGGCAGUUCUUUCGAGAUGUCACAAAUGAUUUUGAGAGCAUCGCCCCAGAAUGCAGAGAUGCUGUUGAAGAAGCUUUUCAUCAGCUUAAAACAUUAGGUGAACUGCAAGAUUACAUGGAAAUCCAGUCUGCAUUCACCCUGUGUAAGCGUCCAUCAUCUGCAGAGGACAUUUACCAGUUAAAUGGCCUGCUUCGGAACGCAUUCACACUGAUGGCAAUGUUGGAUUAUCCUUACAGCACCCACUUCAUGGGCAACAUGCCUGCCAACCCUGUCAAGGUCGCUUGUGAUACUAUGCUUAGUGGAGCUGACCUUCUGGCUAAUCUGAGGAAUACUGCAGGGAUUGUGUAUAACGCAAGUGGCUUGCUGACAUGUUUUGAUCUUAACAGCCUGUUUGUUAUGUGUGCUGAUCCUACUGGCUGUGGACUUGGCUUCAACAGCAUGGCCUGGGAUUACCAGGCAUGCACAGAGAUAAAUCUCUGUUAUGAGAGCAACAACAUCACAGACAUGUUCCCUGCAAUGACCUUCACAGAAAAAGAACGCAUGCAAUACUGCUCCAAACAUUGGGGUGUGAUCCCGAGACCAGACUGGCUUAAAACACAGUUUUGGGGGGAUGCUCUCUCCACAGCCAGCAAUAUCAUUUUCUCCAAUGGAGAUCUGGACCCAUGGGCAAAUGGAGGGGUGCGAAAGUCUCUGAGUUCAUCACUGAUAGCUAUCAACAUUUCUGAAGGAGCCCAUCAUCUAGAUUUGAGAGGGACCAAUGAUGCUGAUCCGGCAUCAGUAAUCAAAGCCAGGAAGACUGAGGCAGACAUCAUCAGACAGUGGGUGAAGACAGAGAGGACAAUGAAAAUGAAACAUUCACCUUAAUGUACUGUAUUGCAUCCGGACAGUAUUCACAGCGCUGCACCUGCUCACUGUAAAAGACAAAGCUGCAAGAUGAAUAGCAAAGAUAGCGAUCAUCUUCAUCUACAGUGCUGUUCUGCAGCAGUUGUUAAGGGUGUGCUCUUACCAUGGAUUAGACUUUGACAUUAAAUACACUCAUCAUUGGAUAGGAUAAAAAAACUAACUUUCCCUGACUUCAUACUGUCAUGCAAAAUCCUUAAUGUCUGUAAAGUAACCUGGGACAUUACAUAUCCUGUGACCUAUCAGAUGAUAGAGACAUGUACAGGUAGCGUUGUAUGCAAUAUGCAUAAGACAUGUUUGCUCUUAAGUUUCCCAUGUGCUCAGUACCUGUCAAAACUUCACAUUUUAAACUAUUUAGCUCCUUGAAUUCCUUCUAAGUCUAUAACAAGAUCUGAUAGCUCAGUUACAGCAAAUCUGUGUUAUAUGUGUUUUAUGCUGCACGAUUGCACCAAGAAAAAUUCCUAGUUUGUGAACCCGUUCUCAAACAAUGGCAAUUAAACAAUUCUGAUUCUGAUUCUGAUUCUGAUUUAGUGACUGUGUACUGCCCACUUGUGGCAGAAAUAAACUCCAUGCGGCAUACAUAAUUUCUUCCAUAAUUUCAUUGCACCAAGAAAAAUUCCUAGUUUGUGAACCCGUUCUCAAACAAUGGCAAUAAAACGAUUCUGAUUCUGAUUCUGAUUCUGAUUUAGUAACUGUAUACUGCCCACUUGUGGCAGAAAUAAACUCCAUGCGGCAUACAUAAUUUCUUCCAUAAUUUCAUGUACACUUAUGCGUAGGCUAAUGUGAUAUUAUAUGCACUCUGACCAACCCUGUUCAAAGCUUGGUUAGGCACUUCUCCAUUCUUUGGAAACACUGGCGCCUUUGCUUUUAUGGCAUUAGAUGAACAUGUGUGUGUCUUGCUUGUUUUGUGUCCAGAAUAAAGUCUGAAGAUUAUCAGGAUAAACAACAUGCAACACAAGCACAUUGUUAAAAUACAAUUUAUUCGGAUCAUGUUAAAAUGUACAGUAAAAUAAACAACCGCAUUUACAGAAAACAUGCAUGUAAACAUGUAAAUGGAUGGAUGGAAAGAACAGGCGAAAGAAGACCAGUGCAACAUCCAUCAUUUUGACUUGGAUGAUCUCUUGGACUCAUUUUGAUUUCAGAAUGAAGGACUAGGUCUAGCUGCUUGACCCUGUUUUAUCAAGAAUUUAUCAAUCUUAUUUUCCCUCUAUGCU